UAUAAAACCGGCUGGAGUGAGCAGUAUGUCCGUCAACCAACAACACCAUCAGCGCUCUGCCAGCACUCGUAUCGGGAGAGACUUACUAUCAUCCUGACUGCACUUCUGCCUCCCCAUGUCGUCCGUCACUCUCCCUGUAGAGCUCUGGUUGUACAUAUUCCGUCUGUCGACUACUUCUCCACUCACGCACAGCUUGCGUGCAACGACGUACGGACCAUUCGAGACCAUACCCCUGGUAGCUCAGGACGAUCCGGAGGCAACGAAGACUAAGUCCGCUCUCGUCCUCGUUUGCAAGCAGUGGCAAGCAUGGGCGACGGAUCUGCUCUACGAGGACUUGUGGAUGGGCCGUCGAGAGAAGCUGAAGGGCUUGUUGGAUGGCGUGGAGGGAAAGGGCGACCAGGAACGGUCAUGCGGGCGCUGGGUCCGUCGUGCCAACCUGCCGUACAACAGUUCGAUGACCAUCUCACCGCGUCCUCUCGAGGCGAACAAGAUCCUCGAGCAAUGCCCACGACUAGAGGUGCUCGUCCGUGUGGGCCCAUUCCGUCCGGAUGUGGACUUGCGGUUCGAGUUUCCUACUGACUGUCCGCCUAUGCCAUCGCUAAAGCGCCUAGAUUGGUGGCACAUCGGCGAGGCUGCACGUACAGGAGGCAUUAACUGCCUCGGAGACGUCCUCCAGGCUGCUCCUAACUUGCAGUAUCUCUCGCUCGGCGGGUACGUCAAGUUCAGCCACAUCGCGCAGUCUCCCAUCGCUCUUUCCUCCCUCACGACGCUGCGCAUACUGCGCUUGAACGUGCUGUUCGUGCGACAGACAUGCAGUUGGUCCAUGCCUGCGCUGCAGCAUCUCAUCAUAGACAACGUGGAGGAUAUCGGCAUGUUGGAGUGCUUUUGGGAGAGGUUUGGCGAGCAGAUUCGCACCGUCGAGCUUGGCCACAGCCUGUGCUACUACGUCUACGAUUCGCUCUCGUUCAUCCUGCAGGGCUGUCCCAACCUUCGGGAAUUGAACUACUAUGUUCACUUCACCGCUUUACCUCCCGAGUUCCGCGAGGGCGUGACAUUCGCCUCGCUCGAUACCGUCCGGUUGCACGCUCAUCCGAACUUGCUCCUCCCACCCGAAAGUGAGGAAUAUUGGAAACGGAUCGAAGAUCACUUCGCGCUGCUGAACCGGCCUUGCUUCGCUGCGCUGAAGAACGUGGUACUACAUGGAGAUUGGGACGGGGUGAUGAAGGAUUCGCGCUAUCCACUCCUGGCCCAACCAUUGCUUGACCGCAAGUGCAUCAUAGAGAGGGCCGCGGAUUAUUAGAGCGAACGUUCAUGGACCAUGCAUAGCUUAAAUUUCUCUUUUCAUCGCAUGACUUGCUUCUUACUUUGACAGUGCAUUGAAUAUAUGCAUAGUAUACAUGGGACACUCUAGAGCCUGUAGUAUACUCCUAUCAUUUCAGCUACUCGAUAGAUCAUAUAUAAUAUAUAGAGUCCUUGAUUGUUCCUCAGUAA